AUGAAAAAGUUCCUAGUCAACAGAAAGUUCAAGGACGACGACGACGGCGGCGACGACUCCAACCGCCGUGCUCUUUUCGGCUCUCGAUCCCGCGACAAGAGUCCCAAUACUCAGUCCCAGGGAGGCAAUCCCUAUGCACAGCCGGUUCCCGCCACCGACCCCUACACUAGAGCCAAGAUCAACGCGGGCGUUGCUCCUGGUGGUUAUGGAGAGGUGAAGCAUCCCGGCGGCCCUGGUGCUGGGGGUCCGGUUGGUAAUCAGCAAGGCGGUUACGCUCCGAACCGUUACGGUAACCAGGGAGGCUAUGGUGCCGAUCGAUAUGGAGGGGGCGCACCAGGCGGUGGCGGAUCAUCGCGGUAUGGCCCUGGCGGCUACGGCGGUUUAGGCAGCACAGAUCCAAACGAUCCUACUCAAGAGGCAGAUAGAGAUGCACUCUUUGGAGGCGCGCGCGAUCGAGCUCAGAAUAAUGGUGCAGGUGGACCGCCGCCGCCGCCGUAUAGUGCCGGCGGACCAGGAGGUGCUGCAGGCAGAGGCUAUGGCGAUUAUGGACAAAACACUCAACCCCCGGCCUCAACGGAGAUUUAUAAAGAAAGACAAUUGACGGCCGAGGAGGAAGAAGAGGAAGAGGUCAAUGCUACUAAGCAAGAAAUCCGAUUCAUCAAGCAAGGAGAUGUUUCGUCAACCCGUAAUGCCCUGCGUGUUGCUGCCCAGGCUGAGGAAACUGGCCGAAACACUCUUGCCCGGCUUGGAGCCCAGAGUGAGCGCAUUUUGGACACAGAGAGGUCGCUUGAUGUCGCCGCUAGUCAGGGUCGUAUAGCGGAAGAGAAAUCUCGAGAGCUCAGACAACUCAACAAAAGCAUGUUCGCCGUGCACGUCUCGAACCCGUUUACCAGCAAUGCACGUCGUCGGGAACGUGAUGAAAAGUUACUUGAAACUCAUCGAGCUGAACGCAAUACCCGCGAGGGAACUCGUGCCGAAGCCUUCGAGACCAACCAGCGUAUGGAACGUACAUUCAGAGACAUCGAACGCGAAGCCAAUAAGACAUCUUAUGGCCAGAAGAAAGAUAUGUCCGAACGUGCGAAAUACCAGUUUGAGGCCGACAGCGAAGAUGAGGCCAUGGAAGACGAAAUCGACAAUAACUUGAACCUGCUUUCUGGGGCGGCGGCGCGAUUGAACGGGUUGGCAAGAGCAACGGGUAAUGAGUUGGAGGAACAGAAUCGUCAUCUUGACAGAAUCAUGGGCAAGAGCGACUAUGUGGACGAUCAGAUUGCUAUGAACCGCGCCAGAUUAGACCGUAUUCGUUAG